AUGUGUUGUAGGUGAAAAUUUUUUAACCUUUUUGUUUUGGUUUUAUGUUUUUAAACCGUGUUGUGUUUUAGUGUAAUAGAUUUAAUGGGUUUUUUUAGUUGGGGAAAAGUAUUCCUUUGUUGUUUGUAGGUGAAUGUUUUAACCUUGUUGUUUGGUUUUUAAAGUAUUUUAACCCGUGUUGGAGGUAAGGGAUUCUAACCCGUGUUUGUUAGUGUGAAUAGUUUUUAAUGGUUUUGGGGAAAAAGUAUUUAACCUGGUUUUGUGGAAAGAUUUUUAACGGUUGGGGGUUUGAGGUUGUGAAAAAUUUUUUUUUUUUUAAAUUUUCCCUGUUGAGUUGGGGAAUAGAUUUUAACCGGGGGUUUUUUUAUUAAUAUAUUUUUCCCCGUUUUUGUUGGGUGAAAUUUAACCCUUGUUGAGUUGAAAGCCUUUUUGGGAGUUUGGGUAGAAAGUGUUGGGGGUGAAAACCAACUGGGGGAGGGAAUAGUUUCUAAAUUUGUUUUUAGGGGAAAGAACGGGGGAGGGAUUUUUGGGUUUGAGGGAUGUUUUUUUUUUUUUUUUUUUUUUUUUUUUUUUUUUUUUUUUUUUUUUUUUUUUUUUUUUUUUUUUUGGGGGGGGGGGGGGGGGGGGGGGGGGGGGGGGGGGGGGGGGGGGGGGGGGAGAAGGUGGGAGAGUGAGAGGGUGGUGGUUGGGAGAGUGAGAGGGUGGGAGAGUAAGAGGGUGGGAGAGUGAGAGGGUGGUGGUUGGGAGAGUGAGAGGGUGGGAGGAGUGAGAGGGUGGUGGUUGGGAGAGUGAGAGGGGUGGUGGGUAGAGGGUGGAGAGUGAGAGUGGUUGGGAGAGUAGAGGGUGGUGAGAGUGAGAGGUGGUGGUUGGGAGAGUGGAGAAGGUGGGAAGAGUGGAGGGUGGUGGUUGGGAGAGUGAGAGGGUAGUGGGAGAGUAGAGGGUGUGGAGGAGGUGGAGGGUGGUGGUUGGGAGAGUGAGAGGGUGGGAGAGGAGGGUGGGAGAGUGAGAGGGUGGUGGGUGGGAGAGUGAGAGGGUGGUGGUUGGGAGAGUGAGAGGGUGGGAGAGUGAGAGGGUGAUGGUUGGUAGAGUGAGAGGGUGGGAGAGUAAGAGGGUGGGAGAGUGAGAGGGUGAUGGUUGGUAGAGUGAGAGGGUGGGAGAAUAAGAGGGUGGUGGUUGGUUUAGGAAGAAGUAACCCUCCCUCUUAUCCUUCUUAGGAAGGACAUUAGUCUAACUGACGAUCUUUCUCUCUGUCGAUCUUUCUCCCACUUGCUCUGUCUCCCUCCCUCCCUCCCUCUCACAGAGACAACUGUGUGUUUAACAGCAGACCCCAUUCCAGACAGAUGAAACAUUCUGCUGUGUUGACCCCUCCUCCCAUCCACAGCAACGGCCAGGGGAACAGAGAGGUGAGAACACAGUACCAUCCACACUGUGAAUAUCUACCAGGCCUGAUGCAGCUGCUGCCAUUACACCUGUGGAGACACCAUAGUAAUGGAGGCUACAGCCAUUUCAGGACUAGAUUUCUACCAGGCUUCAUAUGUGCAUACUCCCCUAUGAAAGUGAGUAUAAUGGCACAUGUCCCCUCUCCUCUGUCCUCUCCAGCUGCAGCCAUUGGCACCAGAGACAACUCUGAACUACAGCCACCUCAGCCACAGUGUGAGCAGUCACCUGGACUCCUCCCCUGAGUGCAGUGAGACGGGCCAGGACGUCCCCUUCACAUGCAAGGGUAAGAGAACUCCAGGGGCAACAGCAGACAGAAGAGAUACGGGAGAGGGAGAACUGUGGGUAGAUGUGGGCACGGACCACAAAGUCAUGUAUUACAGAAUAUAGACAGGGACGAUUGGGGACAAUAACGUUUACAUUUUAUUAUCUUAUCUUAGAUCAGGAUGUUGGUGUACUAGAGCCUCUGUCUCAAUCUCCUACUAAUCAAAUGUCUCCCUUGAUUGAACAGAGAGGCAGCAGAUCCUCAAAAGGGUUCACAACAUUGCAGUGAAGGCAGCUCGCCGCCGCUCCAAAGCCCUGGAAGUGGACGCCCUGCAGCUGCCCCCUCCUCCCUCCACCCUGGACCCCAAGAAGCACAAGAGCAGCCUGUCUCUGAGUGAGGCGCCCCCUAGGGGCCUGGCCCUGCUCCGUGGCCAGCAGCCCAGCCCUGAGCCCCGCCACGCCACCUCAGAUGAAAACCUAUCCAGCAGCACGGGGGAGGGGCCUGUCUCCCAGGGCACCUGGACACGUCCACGUAAUCGCCAGCCCGCCCCCAAGAACCCAAACCCCACCCUCUGCGAGCAGGACUUCGAGGCUCGCCGCCGGAAGAGACGCUCCCGCUCGUUCGAGGUCACAGGUCAAGCAGUGAGUAGUGUUCAUUAUCUAGCUCCCUGAGUAGUAUCUGAUGAUUCAGUACUGUAUGUUAGUAGAGUCAUCAGCAGCUGUGAUUGAUCGAUUUGACAAUUACAUAGACAUAUAAAGCGGUUCCAGCCGGAGACAACGUUACAGUACAUAGCCUACACGAUAUCAGCCUUAACACACUACUUCUUCCCUCCCCCUGCUCAGCUGUCUCAGUCUAAGACCAAGGCAGCCCAACGUUUCCACCCACUGGACAGCACGUCAGACCCCCACAUCAACGGGCAGCCCCAUGCCCCCCUGUUACGUCCCCUUCACAGGGGGGUCCCUCCUCUCACCAAAGUUCGGCUGCCCCACAACAACCACCAAACAGGUCAGCCUCCUUUCACCCACACCUCCACAUUUAAAAUAAUAUUACUGCAUGAAGCCAUGGUGGGGUUCAAACCUUAUGUCACCCACUGCACUACCAUCAGGACAAACUGGAUUCAUUGCCCAUCUCCUCACAGUGGAGCUAAUUACAUAUAUCAACACACUGUUCUUAAACAGGUCUCUGUAUACAGUUUUUGACUCAUGCUUUUUACAGGCCCCAUCACAGAGUCCUCCCCAGUCCACUUGAGCAACCUGAAGCGUGUGUCUCAGCUGCGCCAGCCCAUGCUCUACACCGCGGGCACCGGAGGCCAGCGCACCCGCAGGCACUGAGGGCCUAAAGGCCUAAACUUCUCCAGGGUCAUGGGUCAUGUUCAUUAGGGCAUGCAAUGGAAAACCAAAAUGAGUCCCUUCCUGUUUUCUUCAGUUUGGUGCCUAAUGAACAUGACCCAGGACGUCCCAACACCAGCACUGCCCUGACUAGCUCACCCUGAGAAUGUGGACUGGAUGGACUGGACUGGACAAAGCGGGACUCUCCAGUCUCCACCUUCGUGCUCCUGAUUGGCCCACAGCCUAGUCUAACCCUGGGGCCUUGAGCCCCUCAAAUGUCCUCUGGCCCCUGACCUCUGACCGUGAUCUCCACACUGGCUGUACAUUGAACCCAGAGACCUAGCUUUUCCUCGUGCUGAUCACUAGUAGGAUGGAUGAUGCCCCAAGACAAGAGGAUUGAAUACCUCACCAUCACAGACCCCAAAGAUUACUCUUCUGUCUGUGACAUUGUCUGAAAUGGCGCCCAAGUUCUAUAAAGUGCACUACUUUUGACCUGGCCCUGGUCAAAUGUAGUGCACUAUAUAGGGAAUAAGGUGCCAUUUCAGACACACACUGUGACUGUUUUCCCUGCUCCUCAUGUUUCCCUGCUCAAGUGGUCCUGUGAGUGACCAUCCACUGGCCACCACUAACCGCUACUAUGGCCCUGUACACACUUCGGUUCAACAGAUGAUUUGGCACAAUGGUUGUGAUACAACUUAAGAGUUUUUCUGCACAAAAAUAAUUACAAAAGCCUUGUGGACACACUGCACACACAAUAGUUGUGUACACAUUUGUUGUGCAGACAAACUCUCUGUUGUAUCACAAAAAUAUCAGUUGUAUCACAUCCAUUGUGUCAAAUGCGUUGUACAUCAGUUGUACAACCUGAGUGUGUACGGGGCCUAUGAAUGAGCUGUAAAGAAGACCCUUGUAACAAUAGCCUAGUAGACUACAUCCUACUGCUUUGAUGACUUCAAUGCUUGUUAUCAUGAUGAAGUGCUGAUGAAGCCUCAAUUACAUCAAAUCAAAUGUUAUCUGUCACAUGCACCGUAUACAACAAGGUGUAGACCUUACUGGGAAAUGCUUACAGACGAGCCCUUGACCAACAAUGCAGUUUAAAAAAAAUAAGAGUUAAGAAAAAUAUUUACUAAAUAAACUAAAGUAUCACAAUAAAAUAACAGUAACGAGGCUAUAUACAGGGGGUACAAGCUAACGAGUGGAUUGAUUUUGUAGAAAUGUUAACUAAUGUAAUCUAAUUUAUAGACAGUCAUGCAGCUGUUAUUGGGUCAAUCCAAUUAACAAGACGGGGUAAAUUAAAUACUGACCAGGACUUGGUCCCAGAUCUGUGAUCUUGCCAACUUAAAGGGAUACUUCAGGAUUUUGGCAAUGAAGCCCUUUAUCUAUUUCCCAGGGUCAGAUGAACUUGUGGAACCAUUUUUAUUUCUCUGCGUGCGUUAGCACCAUGACUGGAAGUCUAUGAUAACUGCUAGCAUGCUUGUAGAUACCAUAGACUUCCAGUUAUUGUGCUAACGCUAGUUAGCAUUGGCUCACAAAACUACCUCUAACUUCCUUCAUACCGGAUACAGAGACAUGCAAAUUGUAUCCAUGAGUUUAUUGGACUCAGGGGAAGUAGAUAAAGGGCUUCAUUGCCAAAAUCCCGAACCUUUAAUUGCUGUCAUUGUGAAGCCAAAUGUUUGUCAUGACAAUGAGUAACAGAGAGUUGGCAUGAAGGCUAGAAUACAGGACCCAGUACAUCAACAAUCUCUGAGGGUAGAUUUGACAUAUGAACAACAAUAAUAUUAUUUUCAUUCAUUACUGCAUAGGUCUGUAA